AUGGCGGAGGUUAUGGAGGUGGAUAUGGAGAUAGAAUGGGAUAUGGAGGACCACAUAUGGGAGGUCGGUAUUAUGGUGGUGGUUUUGAAGGAGGUCCGUAUGGAAGGGGACGAAGGAGACAUGGGGGAUACGGGAGGAGAUGUUGAAUGUAGGUUGAUUCACCGGAUUUGGAAGAUGACAGGAAAAUGUGCCCUGGAGAGCUCUGGAAGACCAUUCGGAAGCCUUAAGUGUAUUCGAGUCCUUACUAUUUGAUGAUAUAUUAUGAUGGUUCCUUCGGUUGUUACACUUGACAUAAGCCGGGUAUGAAGAUAUGAGAUUAAAGAUAUGUGGGGGUUUGUUUUAUAAGACACAACUACAGAUACUGAAAUGCUCUUUGCAUA